AUGGAGGCUCUUCUAUCACUAGCAUUUGACAAUCUUUCUUCUUACGAUGGGCCCAAGAUCAAGAAGGGCAUCAAGCAGGUCGACAGCCUGCUUGCCCAGAUCUGCCUCUCUCAGCAGAAAAAUAGUCAGAAGAAAGACCAACUGAAUGAUCCGGGUAAGGAUGGCCCGCCAAAUCCUCCACGGCGUCGGCUCUCCGACUUGAACAACGAUCCCGCCUUCCACGAGUUCUUCAAGCUGCAGGAGGGCUUCGAGUGGAAUGUUACGAUGCGCCUGGUCAAUACGUUAGACCGUCUGAUGGCGAAAGGGAGCGACGGACAGAACGACUUGUUGAUCAUGAAUGCGCUGGAUCUGUUACAGGGGCUGCUCGUCCUGCACCCUCCAAGCAAGACGCUAUUCGCACGAGAACAGAACAUGAAUCUUCUCCUCGAUCUCCUCGAGCCAGUCAACUGCCCUGCUAUCCAGUCUGCGACUCUCCUCACCCUCGUCGUCGCUCUCGUCGAGACGCCCCAGAACACACGCACCUUUGAGAACCUCGACGGCCUGCUCACAGUGACCUCGCUCUUCAAGUCACGCUCCACCUCACGCGACGUGAAGCUCAAACUUGUUGAGUUCCUCUACUUCUAUCUCAUGCCCGAGACGCCCUCCAUCCCGAGAGCCGAUGCCCGCGAUUCCGUUCCCGCAAUGUUGCAGCGCAGUCCUAGUAAGCUCGCCAAGGCAUUCAAUAACGGCAACGGCCGCCGGCGGGCCAACAGCGACAGCGAGGAGACACGCACGACGGAGGAGAAGCAGGCGCUGCUGGGCCGCCACUUGAAUAGCGUUGAGGAGCUGGUCAAGGAUUUACGAACAUGCACGCCGUUCGGCGGCGUCGUCGCCUAG